GCUUAUCAAUCAAAAUAUUUGGUUUUAAUUUUCAAUUUUUCUCCAAAAACCUGCGAAAAAGUGGUGCAUUUCGAAUCGGUUUCGGUAGGCUACAAUGGCAACGUCUAGAGUGAAAACAAGAGAAACCAAAACCGGUGAAAUCAUCGCCUACAGUGAAAUGGCUAUCCGGAACAACGCUUCCGCCGUAGAGUACUGUCGCACAUCGAUGGCCGCCCUUUCCGGAAGCACGGCAGGUGUGCUCGGUUUGACCGGAAUCAUCGGAUUCCUGUUUUACGUGCUGGCCGUGCUAGGUCUGUGGUGUAUGCUGCUGCUCAAAUCCGGCACCAACUGGCAGAAAUAUUUCAUCAGCCGGAAGAGUCUCCUGACCAACGGAUUCCUCGGUGGGCUCUGCACGUACGUACUGUUUUGGACAUUCCUGUACGGUAUGGUUCAUGUUUACUAGAACUGUGGGUAGAUGUGGAGGACACCAAAUCUUGUGAGGGGUGAAUUUUGUUUCGUAGCGAUUAGUUUACCUUCUAAGGGGCGCGAUGAUGACCGAAAGCAUUUCUAAACGGGAGGGACACAUAUUUAUGCUAGCGUUAAAUUGAUUCAGUAAUUAAACAAACACCGUGUAUAACAACAGUAACUCUA